GAGAAUUGCAACACGCGUAACAAGCAUAACCAUAACAGUUAAUGGCAUUUGUAAAAUUACUGUAAAUAUUAAGAAUAGGAUGCUAACGAUAAAAGCGAAACAGAAAAUUGCACCAAAACACCAACGAGACUAAAGAAGAAGAUGCAUGUCUCUUUGUGUAGACCAACUACUGGUUAAUGUGCCACGUGAGUUCCGCGGACGAGGCUCCGCCGUUGCCGCGCCUUGUCUGGAGUGAGCUCGUGGCGCAGCGGCCGUGUGGCUGUGAACAGAUCGCAAUUCCCGCUUAAGCCUCCGCCCCAGACAGUCGGUAAGGCCGUGUGGCUGUGAACAGAUCGCAAUUCCCGCUUAAGCCUCCGCCCCAGACAGUCGGUAAGGCCGUGUGGCUGUGAACAGAUCGCAAUUCCCGCUUAAGCCUCCGCCCCAGACAGUCGGUAAGGCCGUGUGGCUGUGAACAGAUCGCAAUUCCCGCUUAAGCCUCCGCCCCAGACAGUCGGUAAGGCCGUGUGGCUGUGAACAGAUCGCAAUUCCCGCUUAAGCCUCCGCCCCAGACAGUCGGUAAGGCCGUGUGGCUGUGAACAGAUCGCAAUUCCCGCUUAAGCCUCCGCCCCAGACAGUCGGAUGAAUUGGAAGCGACCUGCGUCGUUUCCAGUGGGACAGGUGUGGACCAGGUUUCAGGGAAGAGAGAAAGAUGGGAAACCAGCUCGUAUGUACCAAAUUCGUGACAUGGAUGAAAGGUGGCGGAAGCAGUGCCUGGACAUGAUGCAGAAGACAUUUAUUGACGAUGAACCAUUGUGUCAAAUAUUGGAGAUCGAGAAGGAUCCAGCUUCUAUACAAACGAUCAGGUCAAACUGGGAAGUUAUAGCAGACCAAGGUCUCUGCAUUGCCUGCUUUACCGAGGAGCUAGGACAGCCUAAAGACCUGGUGGGUUUUAACAUAUUGUUGGUGAAGAGCCGGGAUGACGCUGAAGAGAAUUUAGAUGCUAUAAAGGGUGAGCAAUGGAAGAAAUUGCUAAGGACCCUGACAGUGGCUGAACAGCUUGUGGACGUUUUUGACUUGUACAAGGUAGACCAGAUCUUAACUUCCAGUGGAUUGACGGUACUACCUGGACACCGCGGACAGAACAUAGGCGCUAGGAUAAUUGCGGCGAGAGAGCAAAUAUGCAAGACGUUUAACAUUUAUGGUGUAGCAACGGUUUUCACUGCGAUCACCUCACAAGUUCUGGCCGCCAAAUGUGGCUAUCGCACCCUGGCUGAGUUAAACUAUGAAGACAUGAAACCGUACGGGAUAGACCUCACCGGAUGCACCACUAAGAGCGCGAAAUUAAUGGGAAUCAAGCAUACAUUUUAGAGCAAUAAUUACGAAAAAGUUCAACUACUUAUUAUCUUGUAUUUACGAAACUAUGAUAAUUUUACAUGUAGAAUUAACGAAUAUUUAAGGAAAGUUUUCAAAUAUUAAUUAUCAGUUAACUUUAUACCUAUAGAAUUAAAUUCAAUUAAAACUAUUGUUUAGAUGUUUUAGCUUUUAAUAUCUUUUUGCCAACGCCUUUACAUAUUCAUGUGAAUGAAUAGGAAUGUUACCCCAAGAUUAACGCAAUUUAAAAACAUAUUAUUUAUAAAUAACAUUUAUUGUAAAAUCACACGAUUGCUUACAUUAAUACAUUAAAAUGCCACACAUCACAAAAGUUGCAAUAUAUUCCAUAUCAAACUUUACAUUAUAUUUUUAGCAAAGGCAUGUAAACUAAAUUCUAUAUGGAAUGUCUAUCAUGUAACUAUCAAUUGUUGGAAUCUCUUUUCUCCAUCCAUCAAAUAACCAAUGUGUAGUUUACAUAUAAAAAAUAAAUGUCUUAAAUUGGCAAGUUUAUAGUAUAUGACAAAAAACAUACAUAAUUCUAUAAAUAUUUUUUCUAAAAAUCUAAAAAAUUAAACUUCUAACCCAAUUCACUUGGUUUUAUUUCUUGAAUUCCAAUGAAACACAUUUCAGUAGUAUUUUUAUUAUCUAAUACGCCAAUAUCUGUUGCAGUGUCCUACUUCAUUUAAAUAAUAUCUCUUCAGGCUUCAUAGAUUUGGUUCUCAUAAAAUAAUUCCUAUUUAUUUUCUUAUUUCCAUCUUAAAUAUAUAAUUUAAAAAGAACUUAAAGAAUGAGGAAGUGUAAUCUAAACAUUUUCAAAUUUGUUGUUUUAUAAUUAGAUAAAAGAAAUAAUUUUUUUGUUGCCAAUUAACACUACUUACUGACUUGAUAAAUAUUUUAAAAAUGUAUGUAUAUUAUUUUAUACAUAUUGGUCGCCAUAAACUAGACUGUUAAUUAUUUUGUUGUAUAUCUUUUAUUACCGUUGCAGCUUUUCAUGAAGCCACUCAUUGGUCAGUUCAUCUAUCUCUCUCACCUCGAGGAGUCUUGGGGCACCAACGGCCGCAGCCAAAGCUCGUUGAGUACCUGCGUACAUCACCUGGAACAGUUUAGUUUAAUAUAUCUCAUUCUGUUUAAAGUUUUUACUAAAUUUUGUUAAUGUCCUGUUAAAUAGCAAUUAGCAUAUCCAUAUGGCUGCAAAGCUUCCACAUCUUACUACAAAGUCGAAUUUAUGCCUUUCAUUUGUAAAAUCUACCUGAUAAUAAUAUUAACAAAGUACCUGAAGUUCCAUAUGCGCAUCACGAGGGGUAUAAAAUAUAAAACACAUAGGGAAGGAUAUUCGUCCAUCGCUGUGCUCCAUUCUAUAACUAAAAUUGAUAAUUGUAUAUAAUUAACCCAUGAUUAUGAUGAUUUGUAUGUAAAAAUUACCUGUACACAAUAAACCGUGGCUGAUGUGAAGGUAGGAUA